AUGGCAGCCUCUGUGCAGUUUAGGCCCCAAAACAGAGAUCUUGGGAUGAUAAUGGGAGAGGUAGAUGAAGAUCUUGCCAUUUUCUUGGGAGUUCGAAAUGUCGAAAAGGAGAGAAAUGACCAUACUGCCCCUGUUGAAUCUGAUGAGUUUGAUGAAUCAAAAGAUUUGCAGCUAAAACCUGAUUGCUCCUUGCCAUUGAAUGCUGCUCGAGAAAAUAUUGUCCCGAUUGCCACCGAGGAUAAUUUCGUCAAUUUGGGGGCCGAAAAGAGUGAUGGCAUUUGGCAACUUUAUUCCUCUCCACUUCAUUCAGUAGAGGUAGACAACUCCUCCGAAACAUCCGAUCCCCCGAGCAACAAUCCACCGAACCAAAAUCCAUUCGCAUUGCCUAACAAAAGACCCUCAUCUUCAUCCGGGCCCCACAAACCCUCGAAACCCACCACACGAUCAACUCUUCCAUCAAAACCGAGGCCUGCUUCACGCCCUUCCACUCCUAAUAACACCUCGAGGCCCGGCCCAAGACCCACGACCCUCAAAGCCGUGGGGCCCGCAAGGCCAGCUUCUGCAUCCAGAGAGAGGGUGGUGGGCAGGCCCAACGAGAAACCCGAACGACAACAAAAAUCGUGCUCGCCUCCGAAAAUGCGGGCCCGAAUUGCCAUCACGGCCCGUCAUAGGGCUCGGGAGAGCAUUAAUAAUGAUGUGAACCCGGUUUUGAUGGGAACAAAGAUGGUGGAUCGGGUCGUGAACAUGAGGAAGCUGGCGCCACCUAAGCAGGACGAGUGUGUUCGUCGAGAUCACAAUUCGAGGAAAAAGUUGGGAUUGGAGAAUAAUUCGGGUUUCGGAAGGUCUCUCUCGAAGAAGUCGUUGGAAAUGGCCAUACGACACAUGGACAUCAGACGAAGCAUUAGCGACAAAUCAUAA